AUGACUGCAUUGACUAGUGUACCGCCACAACUCGAAUGGAGUCAUCUCACUAUAGUUAUUGAUUCCAUGGUAACGUUACCACUGAUAGCAACAUUGUGCCUAUACUGGGCUAUGGAAAUCAACGAAACUCUAAAGAAGUCCUCCUUCAGCAGCCAGACAAAAGCUAUGCAACAACGCAUGAAUAACCUUAUGAUGGUCCAGGUGCGAGUUUGCGCCGAUACGUAG